AUGCUUUCUUGGUCUUUCAUAGUGGUUUCUCUUCUGUCGGUGCAGAUCCAAGCACUCGAUACAACGAACCAUUAUAAUAUCGCGGUGCCGAAGACUACACCCGAAGAUGCUGAGGCUGUACCCGCUAAUUUCUUUGGAUUCGGCCUCGAGUCUGGUCUUCUAUCCCACUAUGACAAUGCAUUCUCUGAGAAUAUCGUCAAUGCAAUUGCAGCCCGGAUGAGUGCGCCACUCGUCAUCCGAGUGGGCGGUUCAAGUGGUGAUAAAAUCACCUAUAAUGAGAGCCUAACGAAGCCCUAUAUUUGCAAUGUUCCAGUUUGUGACAGUACCAGCACAUACACAAUCGGCCCUAGCUACUUCAAUGUCAUGAAGCGUCUUCAGAAUGCAUCGAUGACUAUCCAAGCACCCAUGAACACGGCUUCCAUGAAUAACUCGAUGACUUUUCUCCGACUAGCCUGGAAUGCACUUGGCCAGGAUCGCGUUGAGGCGAUUGCACUGGGCAACGAGCCGAAUUACUAUCCCAACGAUCUUCCGUCAUGGACUGCUGCUGAAUAUGUCAACAAAGGACUGGCUAUUGAGGAUGAGUUCAUUAGGGAAUUUCAGCUGGAAGGUAACGACACUCGGAUUUUCCAGAUUGGCGAGAUUGCCAGUGAGGUUAUUCAGGGGAUCUUCCCCCUGUUCACCAUGGAGGAUGUCCUCAAUGACCCGACGGCUCUCAAUGGUCGAAACAAAUACGCAUCGGACCACCUAUACCAAAUGGACAUCAUCGGGGAGCAACCUGGUGCAAAUUACUACACAACAGACGUGCUUCAGUGGCAAGUCAUGGCUCACAACCGCACCAGCCAAGUCCUCGAAGGCUACGCUCGCGACGCGGCCUGGAUGCGAAGCAAGAACCUAUCCUUCCCCCUCGUAAUAUCUGAAAUAGGCUCUGCAAUCGGAAACAGCCCACCCGACUUCGCUGGUGGUUUUGGUGCAGGGCUCUGGGCCGUGGACAUCCACUUGAAAGCAAUGAGCAUCGGAAUCAAACAAAUUACCAAUACUCAAGAGCCAACCGCCACACACGGAUUCUGGGUACCCGAUAACUCAGGUCCACAAACUACCGGGCCAGCCGUCCAAGGACAGUUCCCCGCUGCGGCAUUCAUUACCGACUUUGUGGGCAAGGACGGUUCCCUUGGGAAAAUCCAUCAGUUGCUCGGUGAUCCUCUACUCACUGCGUAUGCGAUGUAUGAUUUGAAAACCGAGCACGCGUCGCGAAUCGCCGUCGUCAAUUUGAAAGAAUGGCACUAUGAUGCGAACGCAACGGAUAAUAUUAGAGGAAACACUACCGUCACCUUGAAUGUGGGCAGUGAGACCCGGUCAGUGCUGGUCCAGCGCAUGCGCUCGGAUUAUGGUGCCUAUGCACUUGGCUUUGACAACGGAGGCCCCGACCAGAAUACCAGUUGGGCGGGAGAACAGUGGAGUUAUCGUGUGGAUGGGGGAAAGGGACAUUUCCUUCCUGGUCCUCAGAGCGAGACGUUGCAGGUUACUAACGGCACAGUGAAGGUCGUUAUCCCUGAUACAGAGGCUGUGAUGGUUUCUUUGCAGAGGCAUGUUGCACCCGACUCUGUGUCUGCUUGUCCUCGUGUAUAA